CAUGUUUGAACAAGAAAAAGGAAAUAGAACUAACUAAAGCUUCUUACCGCACGGAACCCUGGCCUAUCCUGUAAAAUCUUUAAUUAAUAUGGAGGGGUAACAAUCGUUAUUAUAAUAGUGCUACCGCAGACCGCCCUGGGCUACUUUUUCUUCCUUUCUUUUCUUCACCCCCUCAAGGCUUGGCUGCUCUCCUCUUUUUACGAUCCCUCACAUUGCGGUCCCCCUUCACUUGUAAUUCCUUCAAAUCAGUCCCUCCCUCCACACGAAUCUUGAAAUAAAUUAUAAUCAUAAAUUUCUCAUAUAGAUUUUUGAUCCUCAAGGGCGCGACCUAGAUCCAGGCCAAACGUCCAAAUGAGAAGCAGCUGAGAUUAAAUCUCACGGAAUAUUUGACGAUCAGAUGUGUCGAUCGAUCCGCUUGCAGAAGAAGCAGACCAUAGAAAAAACUCAUUAUUGCUGCUACAAUUUUCGUGGGUUUGAUUGAUGAAAAAAUAACAAAAGAUGACAGAGAAUGAGGCGCCGUUGUUUCUCCAUUUGCGCAGAGAGCCGUUUGAGUAUGGGCUGCUGCCACUGCCGCACCUCAUGUUCGCUGAUGGCACUGUCACGUUAAAAACCCUCAGAGAAAAGCUUGUGCAAAAUUCGUUUACUUAUGCUGUAAAUAAUAACGAGGAGGGGUUUGGAGACGGUUUCAGAUCCUUGGAGAGGCGCGUCAAUGCGAGCGCCAUAGCGGAGAGCCUACAGCUCUCGGAGGACCACGCCAGGGUUAUCAUGAAUACAUUGGCUUUGCUUUUGCCUGAUUACGGUGAUGGAGGACGCGUGGAUCCCUUUGUUAGGGCUUCCUCUGCUGAUAUGGACUCCGUUGGUGCCGACGUCGAUGAUUUGCUUUUGUUCUUGUACAUUCAGACUUAUAAGAAAUUAGUCCCGCGGCCUCAUAAGGAUGCGGCGUCUGUUGCUGAUGUUUGGCCUUCUACCUCCGCGUUUGACGGAUUGUUGGCAACUCUUACUCCACUUCAACUUGUAAGAUCUGGUCGACGCUCGUUGCCAUCUCAAGUAGAUGAGGAGGCCCAUCAGCUAUCUUAUGUACAAAAACAUUUGCCAAAUAUAUUGGCUUUGUUGGCUGAACCAUCAGAAGAUGGAAACAGUGAGAUGCAGGUUUUGAGCUUAGAGAGGUUUGAGCAUCUGGGUUUACUCCUACAUGUUGGAGAAAGUAAGAAAGGAGUCACAUCUCUCAGCCAGGCUGCUCCAUUCUUUGCAAAUUCAGAUCCAGAUAUGCCUGCCGUUCCUGUGCCGAUUCCUCAGGUGCUUGAUUGGUUACUAGAACACAUUUGUGCUGCAUCGGAACAUCCAUUUGAAAAAUUGCUUGGAAGAGAAAAUGUGUCUCCCACGGCAGGUCAAUGUGGUAAAUUUUCUAAUGGCCCCACUCAGGAUAUGAAGAGCUUCCAUCAAGGACUGGCUUUUGUGGAAGGAGUGAAUAAAGCUUCUGUGGUGAAGCAACCUAGUGAUAUUGAGGCAUCUUCUAUUAAGGUGUUGAAUUGCCAUGAUUCAGUGAUAUACAUAUUAGCUCCCUUGAGUUAUGCGACUGUGAAUGGAUGCUCAGAUGCUACGAUUGUGCUUGGAGCUGUUGGAAAGGCUGUAAGAGUGGAGCAUUGUGAAAGAGUAAAUGUCAUAGCUGCUACAAUGCAGGCUUUCAUCUCGAAUUGUCGUGAAUGCAUUUUCUUCUUAGGUGUGAAUAAACGACCAAUCAUUUCAGGCAACAAUCAUAACCUCCAGGUGGCACCAUAUAAUACAUUUUAUCCAGAUUUGGAGAUGCAUUUGACACAAGUCAGGGUGGAUCCAAACGUUAACAUGUGGGACAAGCCUUUUGCACUAGGAAUGGUGGACCCGCAUGAUUCUUUGUCCCACCCAGCAGGUGUUUCAGAUGGGCAAGCCGAGUCAGCCUCUAUUCUUCAUCCAGAACGUUUCUUGAACUUUGUGAUUCCCAAAUGGUUUGAAGUGGAGUCCACACUUCAGCAAACAAAAUAUAAUCCCUUUGUUCUGCCCAAGCCCUACCUAGCAGCACAACAGCAGAAGAGUAACUCACUGGAGAAUAUGAAGCAAUGUUUGAGAGAUUCUCAGCUUGAGGAUAGUAAAAGGCAGGAGUUAGCAACUGCAAUUCACAGUCAUUUCAAGGACUGGCUAUAUGCAUCUGGCAAUAUUCGUCAAAUAUAUUGUGUACAAAACAGUGAACUGGAUUCAGCGGGUAUUGAUUGAAUUUGUGUAUCUGCCCGCUGCAACAGUGAGCAGAUUGACCCCAUGCAUAACAUAGGAGCAGUGAGAGUGAUUCUGUAGAGCUUGUUGUAUAUGAUCUUUAAUUCUUGUUCAGAUUACUUCAUUGCAAUAAUGUUGUUGGAUUUAUAGAUGUUCCUGGACUUCAUUUUCAACUUAACUAAUGGCAGGCUAUCGAAAAGGUGCAUUUUUGAAUUCGAUUGUAGGGUACAACAUCGAAGAUUUGGUUUUCUUCAUGGUAUCCUGAGAGAAUCCUGUGUAAGCUGUUCUGCAGUUGCAUUGUCAUAUCUCUAAGUGUAUCAUUGAAUGAGUUUUAUUAUCCUGUAAACUUUUAAUUAAAAUGUUUGUAUUCUAGACACAUGAAUAUGUAUUUCAAGAGUAAGUGUCACCUUCAUUUAUAAAGACCAAAGGAAGAGAUUUAUGGAA